UCCUUUCCCGCGCGCCAAACUUAGCCUCCCCCUCUCCCUCUCCUACCCUCUCCUUCCUCCAUCUCUCCUCUGUGGGAAGGCUUUGGAUCCCUCGAUCUCCAGGGCCUUCCUCCUCCGACUGCUGUAUCGCUCCACCACCACCACUAUCCACAUCCUCUCCAUCGAUCUCGGUCGAUCCCCCGCACACCCUUCUCCGAUCCGUUCAUUCUCCCCGGCGACCUCGCGCCCUCCUCCACCGUCCCGUCUCGUCGAUCUGACGGAUCGAGGGACACACACGAGCCGGCCGUCCUCCGGUGGGUGCUCUCCUGCCUGCGCACGCGCGCGUACGUACGUGUAUUGCACAUACAUACGGUGCGGCGCGACGGGAUUGAUGGCGUUCCAUGAGGUCGAGGCGCCCCGGCGGUGCUGAGUCGACCCUCGAUGAUCGCCGGCACGCAGUGACGGCGGCGGCGGCUCCUCGGUCGUCGACCCUGCGUGUACCUUGGCGUUCUUGGCCCCCGCAAGGUCGCAGCAGGGCGUGGACGGAUCGGCAAGAUGAGCUGCUUGCCGUGUUUCGGGAAGAAGAAGGAUGGCAACGCCGAGGGAGGGGGCGACGAGCAGGCGGCGGCGGGGCCGAUGACGCCGCCUCCCGCCGUGCACUCGCCCGCGCCCUACCACGCCCCGGCUGCCGCCGCGCCCGUCGCCGUGGCAGCUCCGGCGAGCGUGACGCCGACCAAGCCGGCCGGCGAGAGCGACGCCAACCCGGAGGACGCGCUGCGGCAGGCCAUCGAGGUGAAGGCGUUCGCGUUCAGGGAGCUCGCGGCGGCCACCGACCACUUCACGCCGUACAACCUCGUCGGAGAAGGAGGCUUCUUCAGGGUGUACAAGGGCCAGCUAGAGAAGGAAGGGCAGGCCGUGGCCAUCAAGCAGAUGGACAAGCAUGGCUUCCAAGGCAACAUCGAGUUUCUGACCGAGGUCUCCAAGCUCAGCAAGCUUCACCACGAGAACCUCAUCGACAUCAUCGGCUACUGCGCCGACGGUGACCAGCGGCUCCUCGUCUACGAGCACAUGGACGGCGGCACCUUGGAAGACCACCUCUACGACUUGCCGCCGGAGAAGAAACCGAUGGACUGGACGACAAGGAUGAAGGUGGCCAACGGCGCCGCGCAGGGGCUGGAGUACCUGCACGAGAAAGCGGACCCGCCGGUGGUGUACGGCGACUUCAAGGCCUCCCAAAUCUUGCUCGACGCCAGCUUCACGCCCAAGCUCUCCGACUUCGGCCUCCAGCAGCUCGGCCAGUCCGGCGGUGGCAACAUGCCGAUGGCGUCGCCGAUGAUGGGCGCCUUCGGGUGCCUCGCGCCGGAGUACGACCGCGGCGGCCAGGUCAGCAUGAAGUCCGACGUGUACAGCUUCGGGGUGGUGCUGCUGCAGCUCAUCUCCGGCAGGCGGACCGUCGACACCAGCAAGCCCGUCGAGGAGCAGAACGUCGUCACCUGGGCACAACCGAAGUUCAAAGACCAGAAGAGAUAUCAUGAGCUGGUGGACCCGCUUAUCAAGAGGGAGUACCCGGCCAAAGCGUUGAACCAAGUGGUGGCCAUGGCUUCCAUGUGCUUGCAAGAAGAGGACUGCGUCCGGCCAAUGAUGGGCGAUGUCGUCAUGACGCUAGGCUUCCUCAUGAUGCUGCCGCCGGAUCCGCCCGCCCCAGAGCCAGAGCCAGCCCCCGAGCCGGCACCCAAAAAGGACGACGAAUCGCGUCGCUCUGGAAGCUCGUCGUCUUCUUCGGAUGACGAGGACGGCGGCGAGGGCGAGGAGGAAGAAGAAGAGCAGAGUUAAGGAUAAAUUAAUUGUUCCGGGAUCGGUUUUGGGGAAAUGGUAAUAAUAUGCUUCAGAAUUUUAAUGUCAAAGAACCAUGUAGACCAUGUGGUUUGUUUGAUGUGUCUGAUGUGUAAGUAGUUCUAUAGAUGAAUUGAUUUUGGGGGUGGUUCAGGAAAUGACCGUGACGAUGGAACUUGAACGGCGGAGGGUCAGCAGUCAGGAGUAGACAUGUUUAAAAUAUAUUUUUAAUUACAGCAGAGUUGCUAAUUUGAUUCGUAAAGCAUGAAAGGACAUAAUUCGUUAGUUGAGUACAGUAUAUGUAUGAAAAACAUGACACAAUAAAAUGGUAUCAUUCUGAUU